CAUUAAAUGUUGUAUCUAAAUACAAACUGUUAUUUUGGUAUAAUGUUAUAUGUUAUUACCCAUGUUAGAUAAAAUUUGAUACUCGAUAAAAAAAAAAUUGAUACAAUUUAUCAAUGUAUGAACAAUAUAAUGAUUUUUUUCCAUAAAUUCGGCCUAACCUGAUUAGAGUAAUCGAACCAUUAACCCUCAACCCAGUUGUUUUACCGUUCCAACGGUUAAACCGGUUGACUUCCUCCCCAAGAAAGAAAAGUAUCUCACCAAUAGGACGAGUUUUGCAUUUUCAUCGUCAUGAGUUCCACGCAGCUUGGCGAAGCUCCACUCUCAACUUUUCACGACUAAUUUGUUGUCCUGGACUCGAGUGUUCCUAUUAGAGAAAAGGAAAAGGUUUAAUACACUUGUAUAUCCAAAACUUUCACGAUUGUGCCAAUAAUAUCCAAAUUUCCCGAAAUGCCACUUAUAUCCAUGUUUUAAAGUUGUUCUUUGUCAAAUCUAUCCAUUUCCCAAUAUAUUUUUGGUUAAAUACACUUGUAUAUCCAAAAACACUGUUAAAGAAUGUGAAGGAAUUUGAUAUAAGUGGUAUUUCGGAAAAUUUGAAUAUUAUUGAUACAACCAUGAAAAUUUUGGAUAUACAAGUGUAUUUAACCAAAAGAAAAAAGAAUAAUAAUUCUUUUUAUUGUACCUAUUAUUCAGCCAUUACCCCUGUACUCUCUCCCUUUUCUCUGUACACGUUCCCACUCACUCUCAACAAACUUCCCUGUAAAAGUGAAUAAAAUGAAACUGAAUACAGAGAUGAAGAUCACGUUUUGAUCGGAUCAAUAUUCUCUCUACAACAAAUUCGAUUUCCUAACAGUUCGGCAGUUCCUUCUUCAAUUCAAUUUCCCCAACCCCACUGAGCUCCAAAGCAGCCAAGCAGGUAAGCCUCUCUUCCGGAUCCUUAGGGUUUCGCUGUUUGAUAUUUCGCCGGACUGUGGUUGGCGAAUCAUCGUUCCACCCUAAAAACUGUCUUCCUUUGUUCGUCACAAUCUUGAUCUCGAACGGAUUGCUUGGUUAGAAAUGAUAGACGUGUUUUUCCCUUUUCGUGCUUCGGCCUGCCCUUGCGUGAAAUUAGUUUUCGUGUCCCUCAACUGGGGUAGCUUGCUGCCUAGAAUGCGAACUUGAGAUUUUGCCCCGCGCUCUCUCUUUCGGAUCGUACUUCAAUUGCUUCGUGGCACCCUAGUGUAAAAUUUGCCGUGUGAUGCCUUGAAGUAUGCAUGAAAAACAGUGAGUUCACAUCCCUAGAUUCAUCCAAGCUUAUUUAUGUACCAUGGAUGAGGACUUUAGGGUUUCUAGUAUCAUUAUGGAUUUAACUGGAAAACACUCUUAUUAUAUGAGUCUCUGGUGUAACAUGUAUUGUGCAGUUGGGCAUUCAUGAAAAAGUUACAUGAGUGAAAACCUUUGGUUAAAUCACAGAAGCACCUUCUUUUACUUCUGAAAAAUGCCUUCUAGGAUGUCAUAAAUGCUUCUUCUUCGAUCACCCUUUUGCAGGUUUCUGUCCAUCGCUUUAACAACUCUGAUCCUAAAGACAACAACUCUUCCCUUCCUGAUAAAUCAGCUUAAACAUAACAUAAGGAUUUUUGUAAGUCCUAUGCCUGUUAAAAUGUUGUGCACAUUCGCUUUCAGUUAAAGUCCAACCAUCAUUGUUGAUACACUUUUAUCCUUAUGCUCAUUGUAUGUUGGUGCCGCAUUUUCUUACUUGUGUUUGUGUUUCAGCUUGGGACGCUGCAGCUGAAGCAGAUUUAGAAAGUCAUUCGAGAUAAGGUUGUAUUCUGCAUUUUGUGUUGUUAGAUCUUCACACACUAACUAAAGAUUUUGCUUGAAUAAUGUUUUUUCGCAGUUGAAUAUGGCUUAGGAACUAUUUCCCCAGGCUUCCUUUUGUUCGUUAUUGUUUUUGUGGUCUUUGCUACUGUAAGUUUGUGGUUUACAUUGGGGAACUCUGCUCUUGCUAGGCAGUUUGAAUUAGGUAAAUAUAGAGUUUAUGGGCACUAUUGCAACUUCAACUGAUGGUCUCGCUAUGAAGAUGUUGAAAUCAUUCAUUUUUAAAAUGGGAGAGUUGUUCGUACACCCUCAAAAUUAUAUAUAUAUAUAUAUAUAUAUAUUGUUGACCCACACACAUUUCUGAUCCUUCAUGUGCCUGGGUGAUUGAAUUACCUUUUUAAAGUGAUUUCAACUAAUAUGUCUCUUACGCUACAUCAAUCUGACAGGGUUUAGAGCCAGAGGCUGUAUAUGGUUAUGAAGACCAGGAAAAAAUAGAGAAGCUUUACAAGGAGUAAGCAACUUCUCUACAUGUUUGGAAGGGAACUAAUUGGGCAGUUCAUUUUUUAAAAUAUUGAAUUUUUCCUUCUCCCACCUCUUUCUUGUGUUAUGGAAGUGAUAGACUCGGUUAUUCAUGACUAGCAACCCACAUCAUGUAGUGUAAUUAUUGUUGGUUACUAUUUUGGAUCUCUUAAGUUCCUAUUUCCUAUAGUUUAUUAUUUGCAUUUAAGGCUGGAUUAGUUAUGUUUUGAACGAAAAUUUCUCUUGAUAGGGCCUGGAUUAGUCAUUUGCAUGUUUUGAUUUCCUCUAGCAUGAUAUUUCCAUAUCCUCUAUACUUUAAAUUCAUAUUUAUAAUUCUUUUUGUUCUUGCAGAUAUGGUGUUACUCCUUUUACUCCAUGGAAAUGGAAUUUCUUGCAGGGUCCUAUUUCCGUCUGCUUUUUCCUUGCGGUAUGUGGAUUCCAAUAUUUUGACAGUUCCAUUGGUAUAGGUUAAUGAGUUUGCGAAACAGUAAAUCUGCUUUUCGUUCCAUUUUCGACUGACAUUGUGCAAACAUUCCAGAUAUGGAACAUGGCGGAAAAAGUGCCUUCCUUUAAAAAUGGCGGAGCAUACUGGUUCACUGAUCUGACUACUCCGGACAGUAUGUACCUACUUCCGGUUUUGAUCGGAUUGGGUUUUUUGACAUCAGUCGAGGUUUGGAGGCACCUGUCAGAAGGUUUGGGGGGAAAUCCCAUUUCUGGUACCAGGAUUACAAUCUCAAGAGUCUUGGCUGUGGGACUUGCUCCAUUAUCAGCGUCCUUCCCCACGGCCAUAUGUGGCUAUCUGUUAACAUACAGCUUCUUCUUAGUGUUGUGUGGUUUAGCGAUCAAGGUUCCUGCGGUGAAGAAAUCCUUGGGCUUUCCUGAAAUAGCCAUGCCACCCACUGCCACUACAGCUACGCAGGCACCCUUCAACCUUGUUUCAACACCCAUACUGGACGAAGAAGUGCCAGGACGAAUCAUCAUCGUCAGCAAAGACAUCCAGUCGUAGAGCGUCAUCAUCUUGCAAGAAGUAAUACAGCGAUUUUGUUCAUGAACCGACCAAGUGAUCACGCAGAGCCUCUGUUUACCAAACCAAUUGGAAAGCUAAUGGUUUCAGUUUUUUUGUUUUAAACCAAUAAGCAACUUAAUGGUUUUGGUUUGAUUAAAACCGAGAAACCAAUAGAAACCAAUAAGAAUAAAAUUAUUAAUCAACAAGUUUUUUUUCUUUUUUUCUUUUGACACGCAUGUCAACCAAUAAUUUGUUAUGGUCAUUUACCAUUAUUAUGAUGUUUAUGCCUCCCAACUUAUUGCCGAUGCCGUUGGUUUCACAACAUACAUAAUGAUUAACAUAAUAAGCACAUUUCCUUAUGGGAUAAAGGAGAACAAAUCAUACCGUACUGUAGGUCUAAUUGAGAAAUCCUCUCACCGGAAUCUAAAUCGAUACAAUCCUUCAUUUUUAAUCAUUUAAAUGUUCGGACUGACCCACAGGAUGUCUCAUGGAAGUUUCGGGUCAAGUGAGGACAAAUUUUGUGAACCGAGUGGUUAGUCGACGUCCGAUCGAGUCACCUCCCUUAACUUAUAAGGCACCACGGUCCUCUCUUUCGUACAAAUAAAGUCCAUGUAUGUAUUUGUGAAUGGGGUUCUUUGAACAGUUCAACGAAAAAUUAUAAAGACUUUUGUCGGAU